AUGUCUUCUGCAUCUUCACAACAUUCUAAUCCUUCAAAGCACCCUUCGACUGAUAUUGAUGACAAUGGUGUAUCAAGAGUUCACAUUCAUGGGAAUGGUGGUGAAUUUGUCACCAUCAAUGGUCAAAAGUUUUAUCGUCAUGAGUUAAUGUCUGCUUUUGGUGGUACUUUGAAUCCAGGUGCCAUUCCAUACCCAAAAAUCAAUAUUAACCCUGCUCCAAUUGGUCUUUGUGGGUUUGCUUUAACUACUUUUCUUUUAAGUUUGGUUAAUGCUCGUGCUAUGGGUAUUACUAUCCCCAAUGCUGUUGUUUCAUUGGCUUGCUUUUAUGGUGGUUUAGUUCAAUUCUUGGCUGGUUUGUUUGAAUUUGUUACGGGAAAUACUUUUGGUUUUACUGCUUUGACUUCUUAUGGUGCUUUUUGGUUAAGUUAUGGUGCCAUUUUUAUUGAACGAUUUGGUAUUGCUGCAGCUUACGAAGGUACUGAUCAAUUUGCCAAUGCAGUUUCCUUUUUCUUGUUGGCUUGGGCAUUGUUUACUUUUCUUUUGGUUUUAAAUACAAUGAAAUCAACUUGGGCAUUUUUUUCAUUGUUUUUCUUUUUACUUUUAACAUUUUUGUUACUUGCUGGUGGGGAAUUUAGUGGAAGAGUAGGCGUUACUCGUGCUGGUGGUGUUUUCGGUGUUAUAACCGCCUUUAUUGCUUGGUAUAAUGCAUUUGCUGGUACUGCAACAAGACUCAAUUCAUAUCUUGUACCACGUCCAUUGCCAAUGCCAUCAAGUCUUCCAUUCAAAAAAAAUAAGUAA